UCCCCACCGAACUCCUCCCUCCGGUCCUUGCCCAGUGACGCAACCGUGCUAACGGCCUCCAUCUUGAAGCCGCGGCGUCAGAGUCCGGUCCUCCCGCCCCGGGCAGCGGCCUCCCCGGUAUCCGCCUCCAUCCGGAGCCCGGGACCUGCACUGGCCAGGGCAGCAUGGCGGGAGCUGGUGGAGGCAAUGAUAUUCAGUGGUGUUUUUCUCAGGUGAAAGGAGCCGUAGAGGAUGAUGUUUCAGAAGCUGAUAUUAUAUCUACAGUAGAAUUUAACCAUUCUGGAGAGUUAUUAGCCACAGGAGAUAAGGGAGGACGUGUGGUAAUUUUCCAGCAGGAGAGUAAGAGCCCGUAUCAUAGAGGGGAAUACAGUGUGUAUAGCACUUUCCAAAGUCAUGAACCAGAGUUUGACUACUUGAAGAGUUUAGAAAUCGAAGAGAAAAUCAACAAGAUCCGAUGGUUACCACAGAAAAAUGCAGCACAGUUCCUGUUGUCUACAAAUGAUAAAACUAUCAAGCUGUGGAAAAUCAGUGAACGUGACAAGAGACCAGAGGGUUACAACCUGAAGGAAGAGAAUGGAAGGUAUAGGGAUCCAACCACUGUGACCACACUCAGGGUGCCAGUAUUCCGCCCCAUGGACCUGAUGGUUGAAGCAAGUCCUCGUAGGAUUUUCGCCAAUGCUCACACAUAUCACAUCAAUUCCAUCUCAGUCAACAGUGACUAUGAGACCUACUUGUCAGCAGACGACCUUCGGGUCAACCUUUGGCACUUGGAAAUCACAGACAGGAGCUUUAACAUCGUAGAUAUUAAACCUGCCAACAUGGAAGAGCUGACAGAGGUGAUCACAGCAGCAGAAUUCCACCCACAUCAUUGCAAUACUUUUGUAUACAGCAGCAGCAAAGGCACCAUCCGUCUGUGUGACAUGCGAGAGUCUGCACUGUGUGAUCGCCAUUCAAAAUUGUUUGAGGAACCAGAAGAUCCCAGCAAUAGGUCAUUCUUCUCAGAGAUCAUCUCUUCCAUAUCAGAUGUGAAGUUCAGCCACAAUGGCCGAUAUAUGAUGACCAGGGAUUACUUGUCCGUCAAAAUCUGGGACCUAAACAUGGAAAGCCGUCCCGUGGAAACAUAUCAGGUACAUGAAUACCUCAGGAGUAAAUUGUGCUCCUUAUAUGAAAAUGACUGCAUCUUCGACAAGUUUGAGUGCUGCUGGAAUGGACCUGACAAUGUUGUUAUGACCGGGUCCUACAACAACUUUUUCCGAAUGUUUGACCGCAAUACCAAGCGCGACAUUACUCUGGAAGCAUCGCGGGAAAACAGCAAGCCGCGCAUGGUGCUGAAGCCACGGAAAGUGUGCGCCAGCGGCAAGCGAAAGAAGGAUGAGAUUACGGUAGACAGUCUGGACUUCAACAAGAAGAUCCUGCACACAGCCUGGCAUCCUAAGGAGAACAUCAUUGCUGUGGCCACAACCAAUAACCUGUAUAUAUUCCAGGACCGAGUGAAUUAGUACUGGCCUUUCUGAGUGGGACAGUCCUUAGUCCACCUAGUUCCAAUAGUCAAGCCUAGAAUUCGUAAAUUCCCUGUUCCAAAACCGAAGAAAAACUUCUGACAGUGCGGGAACUUUGCCAGUCCCUCCCCGUCUGACUUUUCCAGUGUUUAAGGUGCCAUCAAAUGUCCUUUUUAUAGCUGCGCAGGGUUGGGCCCUGCUCCUGACGUUUUCUAACGACAGGGUUUACUGUACUUUUUUUUUUUUUUUGUCUUUCUUUUUAACCAUCUUGCCUAAUAUGUAGAUUAACUUUUGUCUAUUUUAUUUUGUGAUGUCAAUGGCAUUGCCAGCCUAUACCCCAUGGGACCCUUUCUGGUGGAGAGUGAUCAGGCUGGGUUCAUGGUGUAAUCAUUUUUUCCCCUUCCAAAGUCAGUCAUAUUUGUUACUUUUUUAUUCACUCCAUUUUCUUUUCUCUUCAUGGCUUCUUUUUCUGUGUUUUUUUUUUUUUGCCCCCCUACAUUUUCUUUACAGUUUGCUCUCUUUCCUGGUAUCCAUCCCUCCCUACUUCCUCUCCCAACUCCUGCUCUUCCUCAUCCUGCCCUGCGCUGGUGCAAAUCCGACUGCUAGAAAGCACACAGGGAGAUGGGUUAACCACGGCAGGGUUGGCAGCAUGGGGGGGGGGGGGACAAGGCUAUUACUGAGAGUUGUGUCCUGGUCUCUCAUUUAUAAUGGCGACCUGACUGUAUUCACUUCUUGCCUUGUCUGGCGCUGAAAAGGGGGGAGGGGGGGGAAG